AUGUCCGCCUUCACUGAAAUUGCCCAACAAUUCGUCCAGUUCUACUACCAGACCUUCGACGCCGACCGCUCCUCCCUGGCCGGACUCUACCGCGACCACUCCAUGCUCACCUUCGAGACCAGCUCGAUCCAGGGUGUUUCCAGCAUCGUUGAGAAGCUGACCAGCCUCCCCUUCCAGAAGGUCGUCCACAAGGUCAACACCCUCGACGCUCAGCCCUCCAGCCAGGAUGGUAGCAUCCUGGUCAUGGUCACCGGUGCUCUCUUGGUCGACGAGGAGCAGAACCCCAUGAACUACACCCAGAGCUUCAACCUCAUCCCCGAGAACGGCAGCUACUACGUCCAAAACGACAUCUUCCGUCUGAUCUACAACGCAUAA